CUUCCUCCUUCGGCUGGGCUGCGCAGGCUGCCUGGAUUACUUCUCAGCUCAAGGUCUAAGCAACAUGUACCAGAUUGAGAACUUUAACAUGGAGGACCUGUCCAGGCUGAAGAUCCCCGCUGAGUUCCAGCACAUCAUCUGGAAGGGCAUCAUGGAGCACCGACAGGCCAUGGACUUUUCCCCUCCUCCACACAUAGUGCGCACCACCAGCGGAGCCUCCACCGUCAGCGUGGGCGCCUCCGAGGCCCGGGGCGAGCGCGUCAUAGACGCCGUGCGCUUCACCCUCCGUCAGACCAUCUCCUUCCCGCCGCGUGACGAGUGGUCCGACUUUUCCUUUGACCUGGACUCUCGCCGCAACAAACAGCAGCGCAUCAAGGAGGAGGGCGAGUAAGACCACCUCAGUCCUGUUCUGGAUGUUCCCACCCUCUCAUUUCACGCCCACUGACGGAAAAUUUCAUUUAAAAAACCCUGAUUUUGGUGCAAAGGCUCCUGAGGAUAAAACAAGGAUACUACAAACUGCCAAAAUGCACUUACCUUUUUUUUUUUGUAUGUACUGGUUCUUGUUAUUGCAGAGAUACAUUUUAUUAACUUUUUUUUUUUAAUUUUUUGGGAGCACUUAAAAAAAACAAUGAGUAUUUCAAUGUUGCUUUGAAACUUUGUGGCUGAGUGUUUGUGUUUCAGUCCCAAAACAACCAGUGGAAGCAAACACUGGGCUUGUCUGGGUUUCUGCUUCUGCUGUGGACCUUAGCGAGUGUACUUGUGUUGUAUUUUUUUACCAUUCUGGUUGUGUUACUUAAGUACACUGGUUUUCAUUUGUGGCAGAAGUUUGAAUCGAUUGUAAACAUUUCAUUUCUUCUCAGAAGUAUUAAACCACUGGAUGGGCAAACUGUUUUCUGCAGUAGCUUUUAUAUAUUUUUUGUUUUUUGUUGUGCGUUUUGAGCGUGUGCCGAGACCAGCUUUAUAAAAUGUUUGCUUCUCGAAUCGAUGUGAUUAAAGUGAAAGACGGUCGUUCAUUUGACGUGGCCACACAUGUAGGCCUCCUGACCCAGUGUUUUAUAGUUACAUGUUAUCAUGACUGAUGUCUUUAUUUUUAUUUACUGCUCUACAAAUAUGCAUUUUUAAGAUUUUAUUUUUCUUCUUGCAGUUGAAGAUGUUCAGCUGUUUCAUUAUUUCAUUUGAUAACUGGCCAAAACACCGUAUAUGUGUGUAUAUAUAUAUGUAUAAAUAUUUGUAUAGUGUCCCUAAAGGAUCCAAGCAUACUGACAUUGUGUUAAAUACCAGUUCAUGUUCACAACAAGCUUUGUUCUGAGUAGCAAUCACUGUUAGAAAGCAGCAAAUAAGUUUUCAUAUUUUUGUACGUUUUGUAAAUAUGUUGCAAUUUUCUCAAGGGUAUUUUGAUAUAAAUCUGAAAUAAAUCUGUAUUGCAUGUAAAAAA